AUGGCGAGAGGGCGGGAGGGCGAGGUGAGGAACCUGGUGCUGGGCAAGUACGAGCUGGGGCGGAUGCUGGGGCAGGGCUCCUUCGCCAAGGUCUACUACGGCCGCGACCUGCGCGACGGCCAGAGCGUGGCCAUCAAGGUCAUCGACAAGGCCCGCCUCCGCCAGACGGACGGCAUGGUGGAGCAGCUGCGCCGGGAGAUCUCCAUCAUGCGCAUGGUGCGCCACCCCAACGUCGUCGGCAUCCGGGAGGUGCUCGCCAGCCGCCAGCGCGUCUUCGUCGUCAUGGAGUACGCGCGCGGCGGGGAGCUCUUCGCCAAGGUCGCCCGCGGCCGCCUCACGGAGGACGCCGCCCGCAAGUACUUCCAGCAGCUCGUCGCCGCCGUCGCCUUCUGCCACAGCCGCGGCGUCGCGCACCGGGACCUCAAGCCCGAGAACCUCCUGCUGGACGAGGAGGGCCGGCUCAAGGUCACCGACUUCGGCCUCGCCGCGCUGCCCGAGCAGCUGCGCCACGACGGCCUGCUCCACACGCAGUGCGGCACCCCGGCCUACGUCGCGCCGGAGGUGCUCCGGAAGCGCGGCUACGACGGCGCGCGCGCCGACAUGUGGUCCUGCGGCGUCGUGCUCUACGUCCUGCUCUGCGGCUUCCUCCCCUUCCAGCACGACAACUACGUCAAGAUGUACCAGAAGAUCUUCAAGGGCGAGUACCAGAUGCCGCCCUGGGUCUCCGGCGAGGCACGCCGCCUCAUCGGCCGCCUGCUCGCCGUCGACCCCGCCAAGCGCAUCUCCAUCCCGGAGAUCAUGCUCACGCCGUGGUUCAAGAGGGGGUUCGUGCCGCCCGUCCCGUCCUCCCCCGUCACGCCCAGGAAGUGGGACGACGACAACGCCGCCGCCCUGAUCGACGGCAGCGAGGACAGCUCCGGCAACAUCUCGCCGCGGACGUGCAAUGCGUUCCAGCUCAUAUCCUCCAUGUCCUCCGGGUUCGACCUGUCGGGGCUGUUCGAGAGCGAGCAGAAGGCCGCGACGGUGUUCACGUCCCGCGCGCCGGCGGCCACCGUGUUCCACAAGCUGGAGUCCGCGGGCAAGGCGCUGAGGUACAACACGACCAGAGGGAAAGGGUGGAGGAUCAGAAUGGAGGCCAAGGCCGACGGCGCGAACGGGCGGCUCGCGGUCACCGCGGAGGUGUUCGAGGUGGCCGCCGACGUGACCGUGGUCGAGUUCGCGCACGACGGCGGCGACGCGCUCGAUUUCAACAAGUUCUGCGCCGAGGACGUGCGCCCUGGGCUCGCGGACAUCGUCUGGGCGUGGCAGGGCGACGUGCCCGCCUUGCCGGGCGCCGUCGCGUGA